UGGGCAAAGUAGGUCAGUUACACGCAUGUACACACACUCUCAUUUAACAUCAACGGUGAACAUUACCUGGAGGCCUUCAGCAAAGGUUGCAUCUGGUGUUGGUGCCGACUGUGAGCAGGACUGAUGAAGAUGCUUCAUCAAUUUGAAAUGUUAAUGGCCCAAGGAUGACAUCUGUCUGUGACCUUUGUGAAAAGUACUCUUCAUCAACCAGCCUGAAGGAAAAGAUUCGUUUGAGCAUUGACAUUCCCAUCGUGUUGGUCAGCAAGCCUUGUCCUAAAAGAGAUAAAAACGAAUUCAGAAGUAGAAGAAGUGAGAUUACGAGUGAGUUUUGCAAAAAGGUUUCAGCUCUUCGUAAUUCUGGUGGUGGAGCAUUGUUUGUCCACAUUGGUGACAUUGCGCCCACAGACAGGAGCCUGCACUACUUCCAUGAACUGUUUGAUAAGCCUCUCAAUGAUCUCGUGGAUGAAGGUUCCCUGUUUAUUGAUACAUUUACAUUUCUUUGGCUGAGUGAUUUAUUACAAAAAGGUGAAGCACAAUCGCAUGAGUUUCUCGUCAUUGUGGUACGGGGAUCGUCACAACUCUCUACGUCGGAUUUCAAGACUAAAGUGGCAACAGACCACGAAAUAACCCAGCCCUCCCCUCUGACAUUGUAUCAUCUAUUGAAAGAAGACCGAUUCAUACAAGAUGGCACCGCAUGUUUACAAGGAAUAGACGCUCUGUCUGGUGAGGGACGGUCUGUUCAGUGUAAAUACGUCAAGAGUGAAUUCAAAAAUAUUUAUUUUGAGAAUGUCAAUGGUUUUGUAACUUACAUGUGGGAAGGUCUACGGUUAAGGGAGUACAUUACUUCAUUGUCCAAGAAUCCAAACGGUGGGUCCUACUUUGUUGGCACCGAAGAAACUGAUAAGACCUACUCACACUACGUCUCUAAAGACAUUCAAAAGACAGGUAUAGACAUCGUGCCUGCCUGCAAGCCGCUUAUCCAGAAGGAGCUCGAUGAUAAGAUUACCACAAUCAAACUGUGCCCCCAAAGCAACGACACACCGAUAAUUAAGUGUACGUUGCACACCUUGCAGGAACAACAGAAUGUGUACAUCAUUGAAGUGGCAGUGAGACCAGUCCGUGGAUGUGCGUUUUAUGACAUACAUGGGCCAGAAGCAUAUGAACUCACAAACACUGGCGUUGAAAGAAUACCAUUUCAAGAGUGGUAUGACAAAUUUAUGCAGAGACGGUAAGCUUGUACAACACAGAUUCAAAGGAGGUAUUCCACAUUCAUGCUGAGAGACUGUAAGCUUGUACAACACAGAUUCAAAGGAGGUAUUCCACAUUCAUGCUGAGAGACUGUAAGCUUAUACAACACAGAUUCAAAGGAGGUAUUCCACAUUCAUGCUGAGAGACUGUAAGCUUGUACAACACAGAUUCAAAGGAGGUAUUCCACAUUCAUGCUGAGAGACUCACUAUCAAGGAUCAUCUCGUUCACCUGAAACCAGUCAGUGCAAGAUAAUAACCAGCCUGGAUUAUCCCCCGAAACAAAGACACGGACGUUAAAGUAAAAUUGGGACGAUGAUUGGAUUUCUUCUUCCGCUCCUGGCCUACCUUCUCCUGGUGUGGAUACAGAGACGGAGACGUGCUAGGGAGAUACACGAGGUGACUGUUUUACCAAGCUCCUUUCCCUUCCCGCCAAAACUGAAACAGAUUGGGUUUGCGUUUCAAGAACUUGAAGACGAACUUAUUCAGAAAGAUUGCAUCGUGGUUGUUCCACAUGAUGAAACAAGCACAUCUUACAUCAAACAACGUUUGUACAAAAGGAUAGAAACUGUGUCCAAAGAUGGCAUUGUUUUGGUCAGCAAAUCCUUGGCAGCUAUGAUGGACGUCGAAAGACCUUCCUGUCCACACCCAGAUGGUAUCUUGUGGGAUGUGUUUAUAGUCACCGUGGGAAGACCAGCCUUAAUCCUAUGUUUGGUUCAUAAGCCAAGCACGGUUUCUUAUGAGCAAAUCAGCCGUUAUGCCUUGCAGCUAACUCAAAAUGUAACCCACAAAAUUCGUUUAUUCACAGACGAACACGUGAGUAUCAUUGAUGGCGUCCUUGACAUUAAUACGCUCGAGAAUGAUCGACCAUUCCAGAAUGCCAUUAAGGACAUUAUCAAAGAUGGUUCCAGAUUUUGCAAUCCACAUUCUCUGGUCAUGGGCGAGAGAAAAUGCUUGCAUGUACAACGAGCAGCGCUUGCAUGUAUGGCUGUGACGGAGUUAGACGUCGGACAGUUUCUUCAGGGAAAAAUCACAGACCAACGGACAGAGAAAGAGCUUUGGGUUCUACCAAGAAGGCACUUCAAUGAACUGAAUCGUCACUUAAACAAAGAGGGAUGUGUGACUACGGAUCUUGAUGACAAUGACCGGAGGCUGCUUGUUGUUGAAAUUGCCAGACGGUGGGAAAAGAUUCACCCAACACUGCUCUGUGUUAAUAGGGCUUGUGAGCAGACUGAAAGCACCCAAACAGCUGUCUCACAAGUAAUCGACAAUGAAGACAUACAUGAUGUACAACUGAAAGAAGGCAUUCGACAGGUGAUAGCUGAGGACAUUUCUGAAAGGAAUAUAAGGCUUCUUGAGGCAAGGUUUAACACCCUCGAGAGGCACAUGGUGAUCAAUCCAUUACAAGUUGACCCCGAACUCACAGUGUUCUGGGUGAAGUCCAGAGAAUGGACCUCCGACCUAUUAGACAGAUUUAGCGUGAACUUCAAACAGUAUACUUCACUUUUGUCAAAAGAGAUUGAGAAGGUGUUUCGCAGUGACAGCAAACUAGGAAAAGUAUACAAAGGAUGCCGGAUAGAGUAUUUCAGCAAAGGAAGUGUUCGUGCCCAUGUCAGAAUAUUUUUCUCUGACGGAAAUUGCAAGUCUUUAAAGAGAAGUGAAGAAAUAGAGAAAGCAUUCACUGAAGCAAGCAGUUCAGGUGAACAAGCACCUCAAGAGCCAUUGCAAAUAGACGUCCUGCCAAAGGAGCCCACGUUGAAUAUAGUGGACAUGAAGACUAGGACUACUAAAGAUGACCAUGGCCAGAUUAUCCAAGCCUUUCAUGAUGAACGAAUAAGAGACUGUUCAAAGCUCUUGGUGAAUACCAGGAUGCAGUUAUUGAAGGAGAUUAUUCGUAAGAAUAUAAAAUGCUUGAGCGCCCAUGACAAAUAUCAUGGUGGAAAUUUGUUAUACUGGUGCGCUUUAUCAAACAAUGAAGAUAGUGUCAAGUACCUUCUAAAUAACACGAACAUAAAAGAAGACAUUCUACACGAGAGUCUGGCUUUCUGUGUUUGCACAGACAAAAGUGAAGCUGCUUGUCUCAUCCUGUUACAGUUUAAAGAGUCUGCAAUGGAUCAGACUGAUCUGGAUUAUUGUGUUGGCAGAACAGUUCUCAUGCAAGCAGCUGACAAUGGCCUUCACAAAAUAGUAGAUGCGCUGCUGUCAUCCGGGGCCAAUCCAAACAUACGAGGGGUGUUUUCACAGACUGCGCUACAUCUGGCAUGCACUCGAGGCUAUGAAAAAGUAGUAAGGGUCUUACUGAAGCCUGAAUACAAUGUCGACAUCAACAUUAAGGAAGACUUCAACUGGACACCAAUGAUGGUCGCAGCAGACGGCGGUCAUCAGGGCGUCUUCUAUUUACUUAUGGAGCUCCAGAAGCCAGAUAAAAGCCACGUUGACAAGUAUGGAAUGAACCUUCUACACCUUGCUUGUAAGGGAGGUAAUCUGGCAAUUGUCAAGAAUCUGAUCGACACGCAUCAGUUUAAUGUCAAUUCCGAGAGUGACCAAGGCACCCCUUUGAUGAUCGCAGUGAGACACAAUAACACUGAUUUAUUCCAAUACCUUGUCGACAGAAAAGCUGAUGCAACUGGAAAGAACAAAGAUGGUGAUUCCAUUCUGCAUAUUGCUUGCCGUUUUGGGAGUCAUAAACUCAUUGAAGGAAUCUUAAACCUGACGUCCACAGGACUUGAGGACAAAGGUCAGCAUGGGUGGACACCAUUAAUGGUAGCAGCAGCAUCUGGAGAGUACAGAGUGUUUCAGGUUCUCAUAGAUCUUGGAGCCAACGUUGAUCAGCAGGUUGAUGCUUCAGAGAACUCUCUGCUCCAUCUUGCUUGUCAAGGAGGAAGUGAAGACAUUGUACGUUCUUUAUUACCCCGGUAUGGCGUCCACAUAAAGGGAGAGGAUGCUCGAACUCCAUUGGAGACAGCUCAACUGUACAGCCAAUCUGCCCUAGUGAAACUCCUCAAGCAGUAUGACAUCAAUAUGUAAUAUUGCCAAAGACCACCACUACUACACAGAUAGAACAAGAUGCUGCAAGAUAUCAGGACAUUAUAUAAGGCAACUGUUGCCUUGAAGAGUUGAUAGAUGUUGAUGCCACCAAUGACAUUAUUCUCUACAUAAGAGCAUUGUCAUGUCUUAAGACGAAGGGGUGUGGAAAGGAUUUACAUUUGGUUUUAUGAGUAAAGUUAAGUAAAACUUUCAUAAAUUUGUAUGGUGAACAUGUGGAGGACAUUCCCAAACUUGACACAUCAGUGAGAAAUGUGAAGUCCGAUGUUAUUUCCGAAUUUUACCUGUUCAGAUGAACACUUGACUUGCCUUUGCAUGUGUUUGCGCUGGAUACCAGGGGUUGAGCCGGAUACCUAGUAUCAUUAAUAUUUGAUAAUGAUUCAUAAACACAUGCUCGUGAUAUAGUCGGGAUCGUACAAUGGACUCUGCUUUUUGCAGAAAUGUGUUAUGAUUAUAGCUUUGUUGGAAAUCGCCAUGCUUGAGUUGAGGUGUAACCUGGUUUAAUAUUACAUACAGGAAUAGUUCAUCGCACAUCGUUCUUUAAACGUGGCAAGAUGGACUGUAACUUUGUUAUUAUUUUGUAUAAUCAUUCUUUCAACUUUGUACUUGUUAGAGGGGUGCUGCAAUAACUAACUGAAAAUAUUAUAAGAAACAAGGUCACGUCGACUGGAAAGCAAUGAUGUCUGAAGUUGACAGUCUCGUUUUUGGUGUUCAUGUGCACCUGAUGACCCCGUGCCAAUUUAGAGGGGUCAAACUCCUAUGGGAGGUCAAUGUUGCAUGUGUUUUGCAAUUUUAAACACUUGUAAAAUAGGAUAGCCACCCACCCCUUACCAGUGUGCAUGAGGCCAUGGUCAGUUACGUACACAGUGGGACUCGAAUCAGCUACAUGUGUUUUAAUGGAACUAAAAAGGAACAUAUGCAGCUGUGUAUUGGCUACUCAUGUGUUAAUUGCUGCCAGUGAGGCCAUUUCGCCAACUUAUUUUUGUAUAUUAGUAGUGUUGCACUCAGUGACUUAAUUUGAUCUUCGAAUUACUGUGGUUUGUUUGCUCCUCGUUAGUUUGGUAGGUGCGGUAGGGGUAAAAGUGUUUGCUUGUCACGUCGAAGGUCCGGGUUCGAUUCUGAUGGUACAUUGUGUCUAGCCCAUUCCUGAUGUCCCCUGCCCAUGACAUUGCUGGAAUAUUGCUUAAAGCGGCGUGAAAACUCACCAUGUUCACGUGGGAGUGAUCACUUUAAUAACAUGAAACGAGACGCAGGUGAAAGGAAUAUAUUGUUUUGUUCAAUUGGUAUGACCAUUAACCCAUUUGGAUAUAAGCCUCAUGUUGUCUGCAACAAAUAUGUACUUGCAUGUAGAAAACGUAUGGGUACACAGAUAUGCACUACAUAAGCAAAACAUAUUAAUGAAUAGCAACCGCCACUUCUGCUGGUUCGUGUGUGGUACCCUGAAUGAUCCUCUAUGUCGUCGUUGAUCAAGGGGUGUUUAGAUGUUAUCUGAUAACUUUCAAAGCUGACUAACAACAACGGGUUUUUGCCUUCCUUGUGUUGUGAGUCACGAUAUGUAUCAGUAUACACGUAGUGCAUGACACAGCGAUAUCCUGUCGUUACUCGUCCUAUUUAUGAUAGAGCGGACGAGCCAGUUGUCGCGCUUUUGACAGCGUUUCAGCUAUAUCAUGGAAAGCCUGAAGUAAUGCAGGUCUUAGACAUUUACCACUUUGGUGAAACCCACGAGCACAGGAAUUGUGCUGACAAACCUAGAAUCAAUCAGGAUUCUGGAUUCUAAUCUGGAUUCUAAUCCACGACCAUAGGUUUCUUGAGCGUCCAAGGGACGAACUCAAACACGCCAAACUCUACACAUUCCGGCGCUUUAAACGACCCGCUUCUGACAAUAUGGUUUUGCGCCGCUUUAAGCAACAUUCCAGCAAUAUCACAGCAAGGGACACCAGAAAUGUCACAGAAACUUGAAACCAAACUGAUUCAGAUUACAUGGCUAUAAGUGUAUGAUAUGUACCCCUUAUGAAUGUCAAAAAGGGUGGGUGAUUAUGGUAUUUGCCUUUAGCAUCAUUCCAGUAAUAUCACAGCAAGGGACACCAGAAAUGAGCUUCACACAUUGCCCCCAUUGUACCAAUGUGCGUCGUGACGAGCGAAUGUUUCAACCACUAGCAACCCCAACGUCCCACGCUGCGAACAGUUUAACGUUCUGUAUUAUUGAUUCUGUGUGUGUUGAAUAAGGUAUUUGAAAGAGCGGUAUGUACUAUUGUACGUGCAUAUGUUUACUAUGUAUCAUAACUGUAUACGAGUACUUCAGUCAGUUUGCCAACUGGUUUAAUUGAAUGACGGUUUGUUUUGGAGGCCUACUCCUUAAAAUCAGUCGGCCUGUAUACAUGAACUUUAGCUUUACCACGGUGUAGUGUCACAUGUAACUACAUGCAGAUUAUUUCUUGAUCACUCAAUUAUUCUGUGUGUUUUGUGUGUGUGUGUUUUUGUUUUUUCUAAAUUUUAUAUUUGAAUGUAUUUUUCGUACUCAGGCCGCUCUUUUAUUUUAAGUGACUUUCUUUACGGACCCCUAACAAGAAACACUUGUCAGUAGGUGGGAAAAAAGCAAUUCAGUUCCUUUUUCCCCAUCUUUGAUUUAUUUCAAUUUCAACCGGUCCUUGUUUAGAAAACAGUUUGUUUUAUCAGCUUAUCGGCGGGAUACAAAAGAAAAUUAUUUUUUGUUGCUUUUUAUAAACCUUAAAUACAGUUUCACUUUCAAAAUAUUACACAUAUAUCAUAACAGAUUUGUUUGUCAUCCAUUAUAUUAGUGUGCACAUUUAAAGGAUUAUACAAUAUAUGAUAUCACUACAAAGACUCACUCCACUGGUUCCAUGCCGUUUUGGGCAAAUUCCGACAAUACUGCGGCGCGGUAUACACUCAGUGCUGUUUAAAGAAUGAGUGAAUGUGGUUUUACGCCGCUUUCAGCAAUAACAUGGUGGGCACAUGGCAGUUAGAAAAGGACUUCACACAUUUACCCAUGUGGGAGGAAUCGAAGCAGGCCCCACCGCCCGUUGUGUUUGAUCUCAUUUAUCUCACGAAUUACCCCGUUGCUGUUGAAUAUCAAAUCAACUAAUGACUAUUAAAAUCAUUUGAAGUGUC